UACUGGAAGUCUAACGAACGAAAAUAUUGUGACUUUUGCAAGUGCUGGAUAGCGGAUAAUAAAUCCAGCGUACAAUUCCAUGAAAAUGGAAAGCGACAUCAGAUGAACGUACAGAAACGUAUUUCUGAGAUCAGCCGCAAUAGUUAUAAAGCUCAGCAUGAACAAAACAAGAUAGACGCUGAUUUAAAGAAGAUGAAUGACGCAGCUAUGAAGGCGUACAUGCUGGAUAUAAGCGCGGCUGCCGAUAUCAGCUCGCGAGAGUUGUGCGAAAAGCAAAAGCUUGAACAAGUCAAUGAAAAUGCAGAUCAAAUCGGUCCAUGUGCCGGUCCUUCGGUAAACAGUUCCGGCACAACGGAUAGCAGACGACCGAAGACGAAAAAGGGCCGCGAAGCGGAUCCAUUGUACAUGCCAGGUCUUGACAGUGACGAGGAUCCAGAAUCAUCCAAAGGAAAAGCGAUGGCAAAGAAGCGUCGGUUAGAGGACAUUGCGAAAGUAGACACUGGAUCGAUGUGGGUGGAAGCAGAAAACGAUGAAGGGUUUCCUUACUAUUGGAACGUUAAAACUGGGGAAUCCGUUUGGGAACCACCCAAGGAAGGGUAUAUGAAGAAGGACGAGUAUGAAAAUUUGUCCAAAAUCGCUUGGCAAAAACAAAAGGAAAAUGCUGCUCUCGAGGCAAAGUACGAAUUGGAAAAUGCGGACGAAAUUGCUGCCCGAGUUCGCCGCGAAAAUAUGGCCCAUAUUUUCAAACACAAUAGAAAAAUCAAAGAAGAAAUCGAGAAAAAGGUUGAACAUGGACGUGAAGCAGCGACCAAUGCCGAAAUUGAACGAUCCAAAAACCCGUACGGCCGCUGGGAAUCGGUCAAAAUCAAGCAUGAACAACCGAUGGAUUUACAACUACCAGUGGCACCAGCUCCUUUGUACGUUCCAAGUGCACAGCCGGAAAAAGUGGAACCCAAAUUCAAGGAAAAAGUCAUCGACCACGUACCACCAGAGGCAAAAGCAACCACAAGCGACACAUUUAUGAAGAAACGAAAAAUUCAACGUCAGUCCCGACAACGUUUAGACGUAGACUAA